UGAGAAAAAAUACUACUUUCCUUUUUGGUGUAAGUUUUUUUUUAGAACCAUGAUGUCUUCCCUUUCACCGGUUUUUUCAUCUGAACCGGCUUUGGCAUCUGGAUUCACUACAUGGGACGCAUCAGAUUUAUUCACUAUUUUGGAUGAUACAUCGUUAUGUCCCGUGGAAGUAAACCCCGGUCCAGGGAAUACAAACUCUUGUCAAAUUCAAAACCAAUGCUAUCCCAAUCCCGGUUUUAAAGAUAAACCUUUUAACCAAACCGGUUUGAACGUUGUCCUCCCGGAUAAAGAUGAUCGACGAGAGAAACGAAAGAAAUCAAACCGGGAAUCUGCUCGGCGGUCCAGGAUGAAGCAACAAAAACAUCUAGAGGACGUCAGAAGCCAGUUUCACCAGCUCAAGAGAGAUAACCGCGAACUAGAAAACCAGCUCCGGUACGCUAUGCACCAUUGUCAACAUGCAAAGAUUGAAAAAGAUCGUCUACGAUUGGAACACCAUAUUCUCCAGGAGAAGCUCUUGAACUUACGACAGGUUUUGGUGCUGAGACAAAUCCAGCAGAGCUCAACAUGUGCCUCGUGGUCGUACGUUAACAGUACCGUUGCAACGGUCCAUCGAAAUCCGUCGAUCAUAUAAGGGAUCACGUAAUUUGAGAUUUUCAAAACACGACUCUGCGUUGUUACACG